AUGUCUCUCCAACCAAAGCUUACCGACCGAGAACUUGCGUCAUUGGCCCAAAAAACCAUCAUUAUUACAGGAGGAGCAAGUGGAAUUGGCAGGGCUACGGUCCUUAAGGCACAUCAAAACGGGGCAAAUGUCGUUAUUGCGGACGUAAACAAGCAAGCCGGAGAUGCUCUUGUAGCAGAGUUGAAAGGUCGGGCAAUGUUUCACUACACCGAUAUUUCCAACUGGAAUUCGAUCCUUGACCUCUUUGAGGCAGCCGUCGGAAGGUUCUCAAGGAUUGAUACAGUUUGCGCCAACGCGGGGACAAAUAACUGGGACUCCGUGUUUGCAGACGAAUUGGAUGAAAGCACGGGCCGGUUGAAGGCUCCUACUUUUAGAAAUCUGGAAAUCAAUCUUUUUGGUACAAUCCACACAGCCAAGGCCGCAGUACACUAUUUCUCCCGGAAUCCCGGCGGGAUAGGGCAGUUGGUAUUGACUGGGUCAGCAGCGAGUCUCAUUGAUACCCCUCCUCUCCAUCUCUACUGUGCUGGGAAGGCGGGAAUUUUGGGUUUCAUGCGCUCAAUACGUACUCAACUGAUCAAGAGCAACGCCACAGUGAAUAUGAUUGCUCCCUGGAUGACUCGGACACCAAUGCUGCCCGAGGAACUCAGUAAGAUUUGGGGCGAGCUACCAGCAAAUACUCCUGAUGGAGUUGCAGAUGCCCUGCUCCUACCUUCCGUGCGUCCAGAAGUGAACGGCAAAUCCUUUUGGGUGGCCGGUAAUCAGAUCGUUGAACUGGAAGGCGCAUUGCACGCAGCACAACCCCAGUGGAUGGGGGAAAACUUGUCGAGGCAGGUGGACGAAGGUCAGCGUAGAAUGGGCAUUUUCUGA